UAAAUGAAGGUGAGUGUAUUGGCUUCGAUAUUUAUUCAGGAGAAAGGGAAGAGAACAUUGUCUUCACCUAACGUCCCCGACAAACUCAUAACCGGCCAAAACUUUCUGUACGUGACUUUCACAGUCACUUUUCGACCGAGAAACUUUCCCUUAGCUUUUAUCUCCCCGUUACAUUCUCCCUUCUUUCCCCCGAACUUUCUUUCCUCGGGCAGUUUGGGAAGCGACGGAAGAACUUUUCCUGAGGAUAGUUUACGCUGACCCCAGUUAACCGGCAGCCCGAGAGAGAUCAACUCCUACAAAGACUGAGAAGGAAAGAUUUUAAACGUUAAAAAAAAAAAAAAGUUGACAGCGUUUUCCACUUCCUAAAGAGGUGCCAGUCCCUGAAGGCGUGGGGUGGGCGGGCAUCUCCGGCCUGACUCUCCUCCACCCCCUCCCUACUUCUGACAAAAACCCACCAGGAUCCCGCCUGCGAAACAUCUGGAUGGGGACUCGCGUCCCCACACAAGGCCGGCUCCUGGGGAGCGAGUGCGGAAGUGCGCGCGGGCGCCGGAGCGCAGCACUCGCGGGUCGGUCCUCUCCCAGCGCUGGGUCUCUCCAGCAUCCUUCCUACCAGCUGCUCCUGUCACCGACCCCGGGCUUAGUCCCUCUGAGCCCGCCCCUUGCCUCUCAGCCAAUAGCAACCCCAGACUGCUCUCCACCGCCCCAAACCCUUUCCACACCCCCACAUUCCGGGACCCGGUUGGCUGCCGAACCCUCAGCAAAGCGGCUGGAAUUGCAUGGCCCUCCGGGUUUCUGGUAGGUGGAGCGGACUGUCACUCCCGGUGUCCGGGCCCGCCCACUCAGCCUCGGCCUUCGGCUCUCUUCCUGCGCAGCUUUCCUUCGCAGCCUCCGCGGGGAAGCGCCGGGGCUGCGCUCAGCGCUCAGUUCGCAGGACCGCGGGGAGGCAGCCCCGGCGAGCGGCCGCGCGGUGCACACCGUCUGGAGGAGCCAGGACUCGGGAGUGCGGCUCUCUGCUGGCCCUAAGCGCGGCGUCGCGCCGCAGGAGCAGCCCCUGGCCGGCAUUUGCCACCACCCGACUUUCGUUCCAGUUGCGGCUCCUCCGGGCAUCAUGUCAAAAGCCGCCGCCGCUACAGCUGCCGCCGCCACCUGGGGAAGAGCAGCAGCAGCAGCAGCAGCAGCAGCGGCGGCAGCAGCGGCAGCAGCGGCCACGGGCGCGCGAGGGCAAUAAGCUGCACCUCCCGCGGUCCAGGGAACUCUCUCCGCGCUCACUGCUCCGGAGGGACCUGCGCCAUGUGCUGAGCCAUGUCCCUCGCCGCGCCCGCGGGCAGCGCAUGGGGCAGCGCCUGAGCGGCGGCCGAUCCUGCCUCGAUGUCCCCGGCCGGCUCCUGCCGCAGCCGCCGCCACCCCCGCCACUGGUGAGGAGGAAGCUCGCGCUGCUUUUCGCCAUGCUCUGCAUCUGGCUCUACAUGUUCCUGUACUCGUGCGCCGGCUCGUGCGCCGCGGCGCCCGGGCUGCUGCUGCUGGGCUCGGGGUCCCGCACCGCCCACGCCCCGCCAGCCCUGGCCGCGGGUCCCGAAGGGCCUCCUUCCAGGCUGCCGUUCCGGGCGGCGCCAGCCACUCCGUUGGCUGCCGGCAGGGAGACGGCGGUGGGCGCCGGGAGCCAGGAGGAGAAGAGUCCCGAGGCGCCGGACUCCCCCAGCCCCAUCUCCAGCUUCUUCAGUGGGUCCGGGAGCAAGCAGCUGCCGCAGGCCAUCAUCAUCGGCGUGAAGAAGGGCGGCACGCGGGCGCUGCUGGAGUUCCUGCGCGUGCACCCUGACGUGCGCGCCGUGGGCGCCGAGCCCCACUUCUUCGACCGCAGCUACCACAAGGGCCUCGCCUGGUACCGGGACCUGAUGCCCAGAACCCUGGACGGCCAGAUCACCAUGGAGAAGACGCCCAGUUACUUCGUCACGCGCGAGGCGCCCGCGCGCAUCGCGGCCAUGUCCAGGGACACCAAGCUCAUCGUGGUGGUGCGCGACCCGGUGACCAGGGCCGUCUCGGACUACACGCAGACGCUGUCCAAGCGGCCCGACAUCCCCACCUUCGAGAGCCUGACGUUCCGGAACAGGAGCGCCGGCCUCAUCGACACGUCGUGGAGCGCCAUCCAGAUCGGCAUCUACGCCAAGCACCUGGAGCACUGGCUGCGCCACUUCCCGCUGCGCCAGCUGCUCUUCGUCAGCGGCGAGCGGCUCAUCCGCGACCCGGCCGGCGAGCUGGGCCGCGUGCAGGACUUCCUGGGCCUCAAGCGCAUCAUCACCGACAAGCACUUCUACUUCAACAAGACCAAGGGCUUCCCCUGCCUCAAGAAGGCCGAGGGCAGCGGCCGGCCGCACUGCCUGGGCAAGACCAAGGGCCGCACCCACCCCGACAUCGACCGCGAGGUGCUGCAGCGGCUGCGGGACUUCUACCGGCCCUUCAACCGCAAGUUCUACCAGAUGACCGGCCAGGACUUCGGCUGGGACUGAGCGGCCCUGGCGUGCGGCCCGCCCCGCGGCUUCUGUAUCGAGAGCGCUUAUAUGUAUGUAAAAUGUACAGAAAUCUAUUUUAUAAUAAUUUAUUUUUAAUUCAUAAGCAAUUAAUUCACUCAGCUGCCUAGCCACACUCUUUAGAGAGUUAGCUUCAUAACCUGUUAACAUUCCAAAGGGUUUAACUAAGAUUUUCUUCUUUUCCUCACUAAUGAUGGUGCUUCCAUUUCUUUCCCUUUCUACUCGUAUUUAAAAAAGAAGAAAAGCACAACUUGAGAUUUUCGUUGUUACGGGUACGCAGCCUUCGAUCGCUGUUUGAACUCACUCGCCAACCCCCGUGUCCUGGGUCUGCGCUCGGCCCCCACCUCCCUGCGUCCCAUGCGCCCCGUGGGAGCCCCAGGCGGUCUCAGCGGUGCGGCCUCCGAGGCCCGGGCGCCCGUAGCAGCUGCCUCGCCCACGUGGUGCCACGUCCAAGGGCGUAGACCCCAAACCACAGGUUUUCCCCCAGGUCUGCUGGGUGCGUGGGGAAAUCACUGCCUUUGCAGGGAAGACCACAUCCUUUCAGAGCCUGCGUGUCAGGUCUGUUUACUUCCACUUUCGAGUUAGAAGGAUGGCCCUGCGUCCUCUUCUGCCCUGGUCCCUGGUCCAUUUACCCGCUUAAAGUGUAUGCAAAUAUGAGCCCCCUCUUUCCCAGGUCACGUGUGUGAGAUGCUGGGACGCUGCUUUAGAAAUAAAGACGUGUGCUUCUAAUCUGCAUGCGGGCACACCGAGCUCUGUUCUCCCGACAGACAGUUCUGCUUUGACACACCAAAGAAUCCCCUAGGCUAGCGGAACCACCGGCACAAGCCAAGGCUGCCCGAGGUCGAGACCUGAAGGGGUCAGGUGCAUCCCAGGCCAUCUGAGUCUGCACAGGGGCCAGUAGGUGCAGAGCCAGCCCCAGUCUGGUGUCUGGAACUCCUCUUCUUGGAGUUCCUAGCUCAUCUCAGACGGACAAUGGUGUCUGUAGCCAACAGACAAACUGUAAGAUCCAGGAUGGCUCUGUAAAGAGCCUGGGAACCCCGGCCCCACGUUUCCUGUAAGCACUGGAACCUGACACUCUCUGCUGUCCCUUGGUUUAGCCAGGCCCCCGGCAGCAGGGGCGCUGGCACUGUUGCUGCUCACGCAAGGUGCGGGAUGCCCUCCCACACCUCUCUGGGGGACCAUUUCAGUUGACAGCUACAGGCAGGUGGGUCACCGAAAAGCAACUUCACGUAAUGACAUCUUCACUUUCUCCUCAGUUGUCUGAACCAGAACGCUUCUGCCGUCAGAACUGUCAUGUGUGUUAUACUUUUCACGAAGGAAUAGGUGGGAAGAUACUGUCCCGGUGGUGGGGUUAUGAUACUUACAAAGGACGCUUUUGUAUGUCCUAUGGGAUUACUUGCUCCAUGGAGUCACAGAACACUGGCCUUUAAGUGGUGUCGGGGGGGUAAUCUGGUCUGUCUUGGCCCAGAUGUGGCUAGCUCAGGCUCCGCGGCAGAACCACCCCCCGGGGCUCUGUAUGGGAGGAAGGGCACAGGGAGCUGAGGUGCCAGUCAUUUCACAGCUUUGUUACCGCCUCUGCCCGCACUGAGGAGAACACCGUAAUCGGAGCAUGGGUCUCCCCUCUUGCUGCCUGGCUGUCAAAGACGUCUUCCUAAGGGUGCUAACUGGUCCUGCAUUUCUCCAAUCAGAAGGUUCAUUAGAGAUAAAGCUGAGAACACCUCUUUGCCGUUCUAGCGUAACACUGCUUAAAGUAAAAGUCAGUCCAUGUCUUCCUCCUGGUCCUGCCGUGUCCGCUUUCUGGCCACCGUUGCUCUGACCUGGUGCAUCACAUAACAUUGCAGAAAAGUUCAGAGAAGCGUUUGCCAUGAAGCGGUGGAGAAACACGCACGCACUCUUCCUUCCCCCACGGGCCCCUGCCGUCUUUCCAAGCCGGAGAGUUUUUGAUUAAGUUGUUUAUUCCCUGCCUUACAACUGAAACGGGGCGUUUUCAGAUAGGAGGGUCAUUUAGUCAUGAACACUGAAGUGGGGCAAGAUUCUAUUCUGGGUCCAGUCCUUGAAUCCAAACAGAUGUGGAUGAUUCGCACUGAAGAGCUAGAGCAAGUAUUUCUGGGGAAGGCGAAGAAGCCGGGCUUCCCGUGCUGGCCUUCAGAAGGCCUGACCGCUUACAGUUCCUGACCGAUCCCGAUGGAGCCCCUGCCCCAGGGUCACAUCACGUCCCGUGACCCCUGCUGCAGAGCCUGCACCGCACGCCUUCCUCCUGCAGAAGUUAGGCAACACCUCAGAUUAGGCCCUGAGUUUCUUCCUGUUCUAGCCAUCUGCAAGGCCACCAACUUAACUUUUUAGCUGCUGGACGACAAACACCAUUUCAUGUUUUGGCCGUUUGUCCCAACACAUGUUUUGGGUUUCUUCCAGUUUACCGGAAAAGCUCUGAUGUUCUUGGGAGUACUUUAUAAGUCUCAGUUUUGUUUCUCUCAUUAAAAACCAAAAGGUUAGCAAAAAAAAAAAAAAAAAAAAAAAAAAAAAAAAGGAGGUUUUUGUGGUUCCUAUCUAGCCCACACUGUCUUUGAGGGGUUUGUACAGGAGUCUUAACUUGGUUGGUGGUACCUGGAAAGGCAUUUAGGGGCAGUGACUGCGUAGUCAACACUUAAUUGAGAGAGGAGGGGGGAGAAAUUGUCUUGUUUGUAGGAUUGUUCUAGGAAGUCAUUUUGAGUGACAGGUACAUUGCAGACCUUCGGAGAAACACGGGUUCAGAUCCUGCCAGGAUAUUCUCAUAAGAAAGGAAAGUGGAAGGUUCCAGUAAACUAGAAACACUUAGGAUCUGAAAUGCAACACAGAAGUCAGUAUCCUUUUUCUUUGCAGUUUAUCAAGAAGGAUGGUCAAUAAAACUUCAAGGUGUGGUUAGAUUUUUUUUUCACUUUUGUAACAUUAAUUUAUGACUGAGUUUCAUUCAGCCCAAUAAUCUGAAAUACUGUGCAAAGUCUAGCCGUGUCUUCUAUAACCUGGAUGUUAGAAUAGCCAAUAUGUACAAAAAAAUUAAAUCAAGUAUUUUGUCCUAUGUAUAACACAAAUUAAUUUUACACAGAGAAAGAUGUUUCUAGGAAAAUGAAAUUCUGGUAAUUCAUACUAUUUCUUUGUAUGGACAAAUAAAAUAUAUUUUACCAA